AUGCAGCACCCCCUGGACCUCGGCGCCGCCGCUCACUAUUUCCCGGCGGAAGCUUUUGUGGAUCACCGAUCGCAUCGCUACCGGAGCUUUAUGAUCGAGGAGAUCCUGACCGAUCAUCCGGAUGCCAAAGGCUCGGCGCCAGCCGGAGAACUGCUCAAGUUCGGGGUGAAAGCGCUGCUCUCGGCACGUCCCUACCACAACCCCUUAGCGGUGCUGAAGGCUGACCAGGCGGCCGUCUUCAAGUUCCCGCUGGCGCCCCUGGGCUGCUCCGGGCUGAGUUCGGCUCUGUUGGCAGCGGGCUCCGGGCUCCAAGGAGGCUCUGGGCCUCCUCACCUACCGCUCGAGCUGCACCUCCGCGGGAAGCUGGAGCCGGGAGUCUCGGAGGCGGGCGGGAAAGCCAAGAAAGGCCGCCGGAGCCGCACCGUCUUCACCGAAUUGCAGCUGAUGGGGCUGGAGAAGCGCUUCGAGAAGCAGAAAUACCUCUCCACGCCCGACAGGAUAGACCUGGCGGAAUCCCUGGGACUGAGUCAACUGCAGGUGAAAACCUGGUACCAAAAUAGGCGAAUGAAAUGGAAGAAAAUAGUCUUGCAGGGCGGAGGACUUGAAUCUCCUACCAAGCCCAAAGGUCGCCCGAAGAAGAACUCCAUCCCCACCAGCGAGCAGCUGACAGAGCAAGAGCGGGCGAAGGAAGCAGAGAAACAAACGGACAGCCUCGGUUCCCCCUGCCAAGUCAGCCAAGAGGAAUAACAAUGUGACAAAGGCGGAGGCCAGGCCUAGCGGUAGUGCCCUUGAACACAACGACUUACGGUACUUCAAAGGAGCAUUGAUCAAGUGUCUUUUCUAGGGCUAGAACAAAGUUGGAUUCAUGGUGCCUUAAAAAAAAAAUCCGGCAUCCAUAACCGCUGGGACCUCUAGGCAUAAGCACUAACUUCCAGGCUUCCGUGCCUUACGAAUCGACCAGACCUCAUUGGGACCCUCGCUUGUUUCCCACCUGCCUUGUGCGUAGAGUGGAGUAGGGGAGAUAUACGAGGCCUGGACAACUGGUUUUGUUGUUAAGAAGCUACCAAGUGGAAAAAGAAGAUGAGUGACAAAAUGGUUAGGGUUGGACUAUUCUUCCCAGUUGAUUCCGUUGUAUUUACUCUACGUGUGAGCUACCCUUCCCCCUCCCUGUGUACGUACAAAAGGAAAACAUCGCCCUCUCUCUUCUCUCUGGGUGGUCCUUUAAUUGAG